UUUUUCAUCGGGAGCUUCUGUUGUCUACUUCGACAAUAUGCGUUGGACAAUACUUCUGCUUACCAUAUUACUGGCUACCGAGGUAUUCUGUCACAACGAUGUGAGGCUUCCAAGAGCACCGGGAGACGAAGCACCGCCAACACAGCCAGCUCCGCCAGCAGUGACAGCGGGACAGCAGUCUGGAGGGACUGGAAUUCCUGGUCCAUCAAAUGAGCUGAAUGUACCUCCUGUACUAGCGCAGUCCCAAGGUGUGCCAACAUUCGAUCAGUCGUCUUUCUCGUCAUUAUAUCCGCCGAAGUGCGGGGGAGAGACCCAAUGGCCACUGGAAGCCUAUGCAAGAUGCAUGCCGGACAUUAAUGACAUUGUUGUGGUGUCGGAAAAUGACUCAUUGCAAGCCAAGAACUGCCCGAGAGUGCUUAUCUGCGACCCCUCUGGAACACCAAACGAAAUAUGUAGUAAAGAAAGCGUAAAGCUAUGGUUUCCAUGGAAUAAGAAGUUGGUGACCAACACCGGACCAACUAAUUUAGACAGCACUGGUUUACUAAAGGUGACAAAAGGUGAACUCGUCAUGAACGUGGAUCCAGGCUGCGAUUUGAGAUUCUUAAAAGGGCAGCAUUCAAUUAGGCACAGAUUCCAAAACAAGCCCCCAAAGAUUCGGGAAUUGAUGAAGGAGUAUCCGGGCUUCUACUUGCUACCUGUGUUUCAUGUAAAGCGAAGACUAAAUAAAGCCGGCAACAACAUCUUCAUUGGACGAGAACACCUGUGGAUGGGACUAAAAACAUUAAAAAGCAUUAAAUGUCAUGACUCAUGUGAUUUGGGGCAACUUAUCACUUACACGUUGACACCGAACCAAAGAUUUCACGCGAAGAUUUGGGUUGAUGGGCAGAAGUGUGAAUGGUUCAAAGUUUGUGUUGAAGGAGGACCAGGACGUAAAACGAAUCAAUUCGAUUGUAUUGACAAAAAUAUGUUGUCAGUAUAUGUUAGGAAUGGUUUCGUUGUUAUGCCUGGAGCUCAAAAUGGAGUAGCGAUAAGGUUUUUGAAAAGCACGAAGAAAACAAAAUCUUCUAACAAAAUGGAACAAAUAAGUUAUCGGCCUACUCAGAUUGGCUUCGAUUUUGAUGGAAGAUUCUCAAUAUGGUCUGUUGGAAGGGAGCUCGUUGUUUCGUCACAGAUGGUUAAACAUGAUGGGUACAUUAUUUUCUACUUCUCACAUCACCAGUGUCUCAUCAAAAAGAAGGGAGCGUUCGGUGGAAUUCAGAAUAUGGGGCCCCAAAAUGGAGAAGUAUGGCAAAUAGAAAACAAAGAAAGUAUAGAUACUGUGUCUACUGGGAAAGGGACCCCUGAAGACCUCGGUACCGCCAAAACACCACACGGCACCUUGGGCACCAUAGCGACUCCGUCACCGACACCGAAUGUGUCCGCCGUAGCAAAAGCAACGACCACACAGAAAUCGAAUAUAGAUGAUUUCCUUGGAAAAGGAGGUACUGAGGUCAAAAAAGGUCGAAAAGGGUGGUUAAUCUGGGCCAUAUUCUACGGAUUCUUUGUUGGCUCAAUGAUAUCGCUGCUUAUUUUUGGAUCUUUCCUCUACUUUGGCCGUCGUAAUGUAUAUCAAGACUGGUAUCGCGGAAUGUACAAAAGAUACGGGGUUGAUGCAUCCGGAGUUACUGGUGGAGUUACAGGAAGCGCAUUUGGAACUACAACGACUGGAGUUGGAGGUUUGUCUACCAUCGGAGGAACCACUAUGGGUGCCACCACGGGCGCUACGACUGGCGGUACAACUGGUCUUACAAGUGGCUUUACCACUGGUGGAGAAACUAGCACUAGCACGACGGGAGGCACAACGGGUGGCACGACCGAUGUCAGUGGCACGACUGGAGGUACAUCCGAAGUCAGCGGAACUACUGGCGGUACGGAUGUCAGCGGCACGACUGGAGGCACCACGGGUGGUGGUACUAGCACUGGAGGUGAUGUCAGUGGAACCUCUGGCACAUCUGCUGCUUUGUAAAGCGAUUGUAAAUAAAAUUGUGUAUUAAAUCGUUGUUUGAUAAAAGUGU